AAUUCUCCUACGUGACUCUGAAAAAUUAUAGACAGUGCAGGUCUGGAGGUGAACUGAGACGGGGCGUAGAGGGACUCCUUGAAACUUCAGGGUGGAGGAAUAUGGGGAACCUAGAGACAGCCGGUGUUUGGUGAGUAAUUUGCUCUUAGAUAAGCAAGAGUUAAGGAAUAUCUUCCAAGUGGUUUUCCCUUGGGCGGUGUUCAAAGAAAAGACACUCAGCAGAGUCAAAGCUUAGAUAAGUUCCUGGGUAGCCUUUACCCUGAGGAUCUGAAGGGUCUGAGGAGGCAGCAACCACUUGGAUCAGGUCCAGAAGCAUCUCAUUAAGCUUUUGAUGAAUUAUUUAUGUUCCUGAAGCUCUUCAUGCCUGACUCUUCCCAAGAAGCCACUCCUGCACACCUCCCUAAAUGUUGAUAAGUUAAUAUCCUAUAUAAGCUCCUAUGUAAAGUCACUGACCUAUUUCCACUGCUGCUAUCUCAUCCGCUGCUCUGAAGCCUAAACCAUGGUGCCCAGAAUUUUUGCUGCCAUCUUCAUUUUUGAACUUCUGGGUUCAAACUCACAAGGAGUCACAGAUCCUAGAUUGUGGCUAUGCCAGCCAGCGCCCAGGUGUGAGGAGUGGACCUACAACCCCUUGGAGCAGUGAUGUGAUGACGGUGUCAUCCUAGACUUGAACCAGACCCGGCUCUGUGGCUCCAGCUGCACCUUCUGGCCCUGCUUCCAGCACUGCUGCCUGGAGUCUUCGGGCUCUCAGAACCAGACAGUUGUGAGGUUCAAGGUCCCAGGCAUGAAGCCAGAUUGCAAGUCCUCCCCUAUCACCAGGAUCUGUGCCCAGGAAUACCACCUAAAAAGCCCUCUGUCAAGAUCUGACCUCAUCUAGACUGUUCUGGGGUAGCAGAGUCACAGAUCACUCUAGAAUCUAAUAUUUGGUAAUUAUACUGCAUUGAUUUUGUUGUUGUUGUUGUUGAGACAGAGUCUUGCUCUGUUGCCCAGGCUGGAGUGCAGUGACACGAUCUCAGCUCACUGCAACCUCUGCCUCCGGGUUCAAGCAAUUCUCCUGCCUCAGCCUCCUGAGUAGCUGGGAUUACAGGCAUGCAUCACCACGCCUGGCUAAUUUUUGUAUUUUUAGUACAAACGGGGUUUCACUGUGUUUGAUGUUUUUAACUAUAAAUAUUACUUAUUAAACUUCCCGUAAACUGAAAGCAGAAAACACAUGUGCUAUGGUUUGAAUGUAUCAUGUUCAUUCAUGUAGUAGAAACUUAAUCUCCAAUGCAACAGUGUUGGGAGGUGAGAUCCUUAAAAAGUGAUUAUGUCAUGAGGCCUCUGCCCUCAUACAUGGAUUAAUGCUGUUAUUGCAGGAGUGGGUUCCUUAUCGCCAGAGUGACAUCCUUAUAAAGGAUGAGUUCAGACCCCUUUCCCCUCUCAUGUGCAUGGGCUCUCGUCUUUCUGCAUUCUGCCACGGGGUGACACAGCAAGAAGGCCCUUGCCAGAUGCGGACCCCUGGACCUUGGACUUCCCAGCCUCCAGAACCAUAAGAAACAAAUCU